AAUAAACUGAAUGGUUAUAUAAAUAGCCGAUCCAGUCUUCUGAGACUCCAAAUCUCAUAUCAUCUCUUUGAUUCCUCUCUCGUUCUCUCCGUCUUUUUCAUCAAAUUCGAAGAUGAGCCAUGAAGCAGCUGAAUCUUCUGACUCGAAAGGUGGGAAGAAGGAUUUCUCGACCGCAAUCUUAGAGCGAAAGAAAGCGGCGAAUCGACUCGUCGUUGACGAGGCGGUCAAUGACGACAACUCUGUGGUCGCGAUGCACCCUGAUACCAUGGAGAAGUUGCAGCUUUUCCGUGGAGAUACAAUCAUGAUCAAGGGCAAGAAGAGGAGGGAUACAGUCUGUAUUGCUCUUGCUGACGACGCAUGUGAUGAGCCAAAGAUCAGGAUGAACAAGGUCGUCAGAACAAAUCUGAGGGUUCGGCUUGGAGAUGUUGUAUCUGUGCACCAAUGCCCAGAUGUUAAGUAUGGGAAGCGUGUCCACGUACUGCCAUUAGAUGACACUAUAGAAGGUGUCACCGGGGAUCUAUUUGAUGCAUAUCUGAAACCUUAUUUUAUGGAGGCAUACCGCCCAGUGAGGAAAGGAGAUCACUUUCUUGUGAGAGGAGGGAUGAGAAGUGUAGAAUUUAAGGUCAUUGAGACUGACCCAGGGGAGUAUUGCGUGGUUGCCCCAGAUACUGAAAUAUUUUGUGAGGGCGAGCCUGUGAGAAGGGAGGAUGAGGAUCGGUUGGAUGAGGUUGGGUAUGAUGACGUGGGUGGCGUUAGGAAGCAGAUGGCUCAGAUUCGUGAAUUGGUGGAGUUGCCAUUGAGGCAUCCACAACUUUUCAAAUCUAUUGGUGUGAAACCACCCAAAGGAAUCUUACUCUAUGGACCCCCAGGUUCAGGAAAGACGCUGAUAGCUAGAGCUGUAGCUAAUGAAACUGGUGCUUUUUUCUUUUGUAUUAAUGGACCAGAAAUUAUGUCCAAAUUGGCUGGGGAGAGUGAAAGCAAUCUCAGGAAGGCGUUUGAGGAGGCUGAGAAGAACGCCCCAGCUAUCAUUUUUAUUGACGAAAUUGAUUCAAUUGCUCCCAAGCGAGAGAAGACUCAUGGUGAAGUUGAAAGGCGGAUUGUUUCACAGCUAUUAACUCUCAUGGAUGGACUGAAAUCUCGGGCGCAUGUUAUUGUGAUUGGGGCUACAAAUCGCCCAAACAGCAUUGACCCUGCCUUGAGAAGGUUUGGUAGGUUUGAUAGGGAAAUAGAUAUUGGUGUUCCAGAUGAAGUUGGACGGCUUGAAGUUCUUCGCAUUCAUACCAAGAACAUGAAGCUUGCUGAUGAGGUAGAUUUAGAGAAAAUAUCUAAAAACACUCACGGGUAUGUUGGUGCUGACCUUGCUGCUCUCUGCACCGAAGCUGCACUUCAAUGCAUCAGAGAAAAGAUGGAUGUCAUCGACUUGGAAGAUGAAACCAUUGAUGCUGAGAUACUGAAUUCCAUGGCUGUAACAGACGAGCACUUCCAGACUGCUCUUGGAACAAGCAAUCCGUCUGCUUUGCGGGAAACGGUUGUUGAAGUUCCCAAUGUCAGCUGGGAGGACAUUGGAGGCCUUGAGAAUGUUAAGCGGGAGCUGCAGGAGACUGUCCAAUAUCCUGUGGAGCAUCCAGAGAAGUUCGAGAAAUUUGGCAUGUCACCUUCAAAAGGGGUUCUUUUUUACGGUCCCCCUGGAUGUGGAAAAACUCUACUGGCCAAGGCAAUUGCUAAUGAAUGUCAAGCCAACUUUAUUAGUAUUAAAGGACCUGAGCUGCUCACUAUGUGGUUUGGUGAGAGUGAAGCUAAUGUACGGGAAAUUUUUGACAAGGCCAGACAAUCUGCUCCAUGUGUACUCUUCUUUGAUGAGCUUGACUCCAUUGCUACUCAGAGGGGAAGCAGUGUUGGGGAUGCAGGUGGUGCUGCCGAUCGGGUUCUGAACCAACUUUUGACUGAAAUGGAUGGCAUGUCUGCGAAGAAGACUGUUUUCAUUAUUGGGGCUACUAACAGACCUGACAUAAUUGACCCUGCACUUUUGAGGCCAGGCCGUCUUGAUCAGUUAAUUUAUAUCCCUCUGCCAGAUGAAAGCUCUCGAUUACAGAUUUUCAAGGCCUGCCUGAGAAAAUCACCUGUCUCCAAAGAUGUUGAUUUGACUGCUCUUGCCAAAUAUACUCAAGGCUUUAGCGGAGCUGAUAUUACAGAGAUAUGCCAGCGGUCUUGCAAGUAUGCCAUAAGGGAGAACAUUGAGAAAGAUAUAGAGAGGGAGAGGAGGAGAAGCGAGAAUCCCGAUUCCAUGGAUGAGGACGUAGAGGAAGAAGUGGCCGAGAUUAAGGCUGCUCAUUUUGAGGAGUCUAUGAAGUACGCGCGUAGAAGCGUAAGUGAUGCCGACAUACGUAAAUAUCAGGCGUUUGCUCAAACCUUGCAGCAGUCUCGGGGGUUUGGAACUGAAUUUCGGUUUUCAGAGGCUGGACAAGGGGCUGCUGGAUCUGACCCAUUUGCUGCUUCUGCUGGAGGAGCCGAAGAAGAUGACUUGUAUAAUUAGAUUUUGAGAUACAUUACUUUUUAUUAAUUUCAGUGACUUCUUUCAGUUUCGAAUUUGCAUUUUCAGCACUAUAUGGGCGAUGCUCUCUUCAGCACCAUAUGGCUUGAGCCAAUAUUUGACUUGAAGAAGGGGUUGCUGAGUUAACUUUCUACUUUCUUGUUGCAUCCCUAGUCCCAAUUGUUUUGUUAUUUAUGGAUGGAUUUAUGUAAGGACAUGUUCAGGAUGCGAACCCUGUUCCUGCUCUGUUUUAGUCAGUGAAUCAUUGUUCUUUUACCAAA